AUGAAGAACCCGUGGGAGCUCGCGGACCAUUCGAAGUAUUGCCGAUUUCAUCGGCAACACGGGCACGACACUGAGCAGUGCUACGAGUUGAAGAGACAAAUCGAGGAGUUUAUCCUCAGGGGUCAUCUCGGCCAGUACCUCCGGCCGCACAAAGAGCAGUCGCCUCGCCCAGAGGGCCCCGUCGAGCGACACAUUGAUGUGAUAGCCGGGGGCCCCGCAUCCGGGGGAGUUUCCAUGUUGGGCCGAAAGGCGUAUGCCCGAGCCGCUCCAGACGAAGCCUCGGAACAUGAGCCCGAGCCCGAGAUCACCUUCCCCACCGGAGCUGCCGAGCGACCUGACCACGAUGACGCCUUGGUGAUAUCGGCCAGGGUAGCCAACGCGCAAAUAAGGAGGAUCAUGGUCGACACGGGGAGCUCGGCCGACAUACUCUACUUCGAUGCCUUUCAGAAGCUGGGCCUGGCCAGGGAAAAUCUAAGCCCGAUGUGCUCGGCGCUCACUGGUUUCACGGGAGAUUCAAUAUCGCCCCUGGGGGCUAUUACUUUGCCCUUGACCCUGGGGACCCCACCAAGGUCGAAGACAGUGAUGACCACUUUCCUGGUGGUCGACCUCCCCACUGCUUACAAUGCCAUACUUGGUCGGCCGACCCUCAAUAAGGUCAGAGCCGUCGUCUCGACCUACUACUAG